GCGGGAGCCAUGACCGUGCCGACGCUCACAAACGACAAGUCGCCGACUGCGGGCCCCUUAUCGGACUCGGGGCGUAAGAGCGAGGACGCAAAGCACGAGCUUGAGACGCCGGGCGCGUCGACGUACAGCCCCGAGAUUGAGUGGACGGCCGCCGAGGAGCGCCGAGUCAUCCGCAAGCUCGACGUGAGCGUCACUUUGCUGCUCGCGUUCGGUUUCUUCUGCUUCCAGCUCGAGCGGGGGAACAUCGCCAAUGCCGUGUCCUCGACGCUGCUGAAAGACGUCGGCAUCAACCAGAACCAGUUCAACACUGGCCAGGGCCUGCUGUACCUCGGCAUCGUGCUGCUCGAGGUGCCCUCCCAGAUGAUCCUGCAGCGCGUCGGCCCGCAAAAGUGGAUCAGCGCCCAGGUGUUCAUGUUCGGCCUGGUGGCAACGUUCCAGCUCUUCAUGCACAACUACUCGAGCUACCUCGGUACGCGCAUCCUCCUCGGCAUCACAGAGUGUGGCUACAUCCCCGGGUCGCUGUACACGAUCUCGACGUUCUACAAGAAGACGGAGCUCGCGUCGCGCAACGCGUGCUUCUUUGUAGGCAACAUCCUCGUCUCGGGCGUCGGCGGCCUCAUGGCUGCCGGCAUCCUGCGGCUGCACAGAGACGGCCUCAAGCCGUGGCAGCACCUGUUCCUGAUCGAGGGCUGCAUCGCGCUGUUCUGCGGCAUCGUCUUCGUCCUCUUCCUCCCCGACUCGCCGCACCGCCCGCACGGCAUGCUCUCGCGCCGGCUCACCCUCUUCACUGCGCGCGAGCAGGAGAUCCUCCUUGCCCGACUUGGGUCCGACGCGGCCAAGAAGGAGGACAUCCACCGCAGCUUGACGCCCCAGGAGAUCCUGGGCACACUCGGCAACUGGCGCAACUACCCGCACGUCCUCAUCGCCAUCUCCCUCAUCGCGACGACUGCCGCGCUGGGACAGUACAACCCGACGCUUAUCAAGGGCUUUGGCUUCGACACGAUCAAGGCCAACGUGCUCACGGCUGUCGGUGGCUGGAUCUCCCUCAUUCUCAUGGUGGCAGUGGGCUUUUUCGCCGACCGGCUCAAGUGGAAGGGCCCGGCCGUCGUCGUCGCCGUCGCGCCGUACUUUGUCAUGUGGAUCGUCUUCCAGGUCAAGUCGACGUCCAAGGACCGCUGGGCCAAGUUUGCGACCAUUGCCCUCACGACGGGCUUCUCAAACUGGUGGCACCCGCUCAACGCGACAUGGCUGUCGCUCAACCAGCCCUCGCCAAAACACCGCGCCAUCGCCAUGGCCAUGUUCAUCAUGGCGGCCAACCUCGGCGCGCUAGUCGGUAGCCAGCUCCUGCGACAGGGCGACGCGCCGCUGUACCCCGUGGGUUUCCGCGUCUGUGUCUGCCUUGUGUCGUUUGGGUUUGGCACCGCCAUCCUCCAGCACUUGCAGUACCGGUGGAGUAAUCGCCGCAACGCAGCCCUCGUGGCCGAGGGCCAGACGUUUGCAGCGCACGAGGUGGAGACGUACAUCCCUUAG